AAUGUGUGAAACCCAUUUCUUGUGUCCCCUGCCGUGAUAUUGCUGGAAUAUUGCUAAAAGCGGCGUAAAACCAUACUCACUCACUCACUUUAUUUCAAAAGACAUCAACAAAUUAUGCGCGAUUGCAUUGGCACUGUGAUACAUCAGAUACAAUUUUCAAUUUCACUCAUGCAUUUAUUUAACAAUCUAUCAACACAUUGUUUGAUGUACCGUAUCUCAUUUUUGGCCAGUUUUGUUAAACAGAUUGCACAAUUUAAGAAUGCUGAGCUUUCUCCUUGCUGUGAUGAUACCUGGUGUCGCUUCCGAUAUACAUUUCUCCUAUGUCGAGACGUGCUACAACCCAACCCUUUCACCCAACACCUAUCAUGCAACUCAAGGACCCAGCGUCACAGCCUGUGGAAUACUGUGCGCGAGGGAUGACGGGUGUCAGUCCUUCAGUGUCAAACUGGAGGGGGGAGAUGUUACUUGUUAUCUCAACGCUGACAGGAGGCGGGAAGACAAUGGGUGUGGCAGUCGGUCGUACAGACAUUACAAUGGCUAUGACUCAAGAUGUCAAUAUGAAGGGUUCUUCGUGAAUGACACGUAUGGAUGCAGGUGUUUCCAUGGUUACAUUGGCAAAUGGUGUGACCGCCUGAUGCAAGACUGCUCCGAGGGCCACACCACUGAUCACUACAAAGGCCAACGGGACGUAUUUUACAUUCAUCCCAACAGUUCUUCGGUGAAAUACCGGGUGUUCUGUACUAUGGAUUACAAAGGGAAGACGUAUUUCAUGCGCAGAAGUUAUGACUUCUCGUACGUCAAUUUCGCAAGGUCUUGGGAAGAGUACAAGCAUGGUUUUGGAGAUCUGCAAGAGAAUGGAAACUUCUGGGCCGGGUUGGAAAUGCUGCACCGUGUGACCACUAACAGAGAUCAUAAGCUUGUUGUUAUGGCAUCGUUCCAAGAAAAUACAGAUGUGCACUGGAGGCAACAUUUCUAUAACGACUUUAAGACAGAUGGAGAAGCAAAUCUCUACAAGUUCUCUUAUACUUCAUCAUCACCAAACAACUGGGAUGUCGACGAUCGGGAGCUGAUGGACGGACUGGGAAGCUCAAUUGGCAUCCCUUUCUCUACCUAUGAUAACGACAAUUCCCCCGACCCUGCCAACUGCCCCAACAUAAGCGAGUCAGGAUGGUGGUUCAAAUUGUGUCAUGAGUACAAUCCCACUGGUCAGCCACGGCCACUGUCGCUUGUCACCCAGACCAGCGACCCUACGUCCUUGUCAUGGCCGCACAAGGAAAAUAAGGCUCCCGUCACAAUGACCAUAUAUAUAGAGAUAGAUUGAUACAUUAGCUGGUGUUGUAAUUGAAUUAUGACUCAGUUACAGUAGUCAUGAAUGUAUUUCGUUAUUUAAGUGUCCCUGCCCUCUGGUGCCUUUGUAUUAUUGUCAGAUUGAUUAUUGAUAGAAUGCGCUUCAAUUUAUUGUGCAGAGUUACGUCCCUUAGCUGUACCAGGAACUGAAAAGCCUGGGUUCGAAUUCAAUUACAGUAUUCAUGGAUGUAUUUCGUUAUUACAGAAUUCCUACCCUCUGGGGCCAUUGCCAGAUUGACUAGCUAUAUGACGGCAGUCUGUAAAUAAUCGCGUCUUGACCAGACAAUCCAGUGAGUGACACCAUGAACAUCGAUCCACGCAAUUUGGAUACGAUGUAGUAACCUUUCUUGCGGCAACUUAAUAACUAGUUGGGCCUUUAUAGUAUAAAAAUACAUCUUCAUAAAGUGCAAACACUACACUUCUCAUGACCGAUGUUUGUGGGAACGCUAAUCCGUAUUAUCGGAUAAAAAGUUAUAAAUCACUCUAUAAGUGGCCUUGGUCGUCUUUUUGGGAAUAUCAACUAAAUAUUACGGUAAUUCUCCCAAGCUGGAACCCAGUUUGUACCGUCGUGUCAGCGCCCUGACAGAAGUUCAAAAACCAGGGCCCACUUGCGAUCUUAGCGCUACGACUGUUGUAAGCCUCUGUUAAAGUAUGGGAGUUACGGUCAUCUUAACGCUAAGAUCGCUUUGUGCAAGAGGGCCUAUCCGUUGCCCAGCUGUGCAGACAGAAGCUGGUUAGGGAACAUGUGGUUUGAGCCGAUGUCCUUUAAUCUGUUUGGACUGACAUCACUAAACUGGUCAGCUGUAUUUUCGGACUGACUCGUUAAAUAUUCAGUGCUGCUUACCUGUGUAUAUUGCCUGUUAGACUACCACAUGCUGUGCGUGUUCAACCUGUGAUUGCUUACAUAUGGCUUUAGCUGGGUUAUUAUUGUCA